AUGUCCAAGUACAGCAUGGAUAAUCUGCCCAAGUACGUCACGCUGUCCUAUACCUGGGGAGCGCCGCAAGACGGAAGUGAUGGGGGCGAGUAUGGGCAGAAAUCGCCCAUACGUGUCAACGACCAGUCGUUCCUCGUGCUGCGCAACCUUUUCGAGGCGUUACAGGGCUUGCAUCGACGAUGGAACUUCGAGGACGAUACCCAGCACCUGUGGAUCGACGCCAUCUGCAUCAAUCAGCAUGACCUCGGCGAGAGAGCCGCUCAGGUCGGCAUUAUGGACCAGGUGUACAAGCGAUCUUCUACGACGGCCAUCUGGCUGGGGGCAGCAGGGCCUGAAGCUGACGCUACGAUCCAAAUGUUUGAAGCAAUUCGGCGCAUUCCAUCAGAGGAGUUUGCUCCGUACUACAGGCAACAUCCCAACGGCGCAGCACCGCCUGCCACGUUUUGGCUCAAGCACGGUCUCUCCAGCUUCGACGACGAAGAAACAUGGCGCCCUGUGGUGCGGUUGUUUGAGCACCGGUGGUUCAACCGCGCGUGGAUCAUACAAGAAGUCACGCUUUCGUCCAAGAAUAUGUACGUCUUCUGGGGUCGUCACGCCAUGACCUGGGACGACCUUGGGCACGUUGCAUUUGCGGGACAAGUCGCGCGGCUCGGGAUAAUGACAAGCCAGCCUGCGUUAACACGGUAUCUCGCUGGAGACACGGCAGCUGGGGAGGUCUAUGACUGGGUUGUGCGCGAUCCGCUCGUGAACAGCUUCCAGCUGUGGUACAAUCGACACAGAUAUCUGCAGCGGAGCCAGACACCGCAUGAUGACACGAUGCUGAGGGAAAUGCGCGCUCUCACGGGAUGCAAGGCGGCUGGAGCCGCAUCGUGGCUCGUGUACUUUGCCUUGUCCAACAGGUGGGCAGAUGCGUCGGAUGCGAGAGAUAAGGUCUUUUGUCACGUCGGGAUGGUGAACAACAUUGCGGCCCAAGACGGUCUGGCUCCGUCGACCGUGCGGCCAAAUUACUCUGCUGCAGUCGACGCCGUCCAGCUGUACAAGCGGCUCAUGACGGAGCUGUUGCAGGAGACAGACAGCCUCGCGGUCCUCAUGGCCAUCAGCGACCCUCCUUCGGCGCGGCUGGCUGGGUUGCCGUCUUGGGUGCCAGACCUGUCAAGGCGACACGGGCUUGACCUGAUGUGGUCCAUCCGACCGCAAUUCGAUGCUUGCCGGGCGAAUGCACAGAGAUCUAGACACGGGUCUAGGAUUCUCAUCAACGGAGACACCCUGCAUGUCAAUGCGGUUGUCAUCGGGUCAGUGGCGACGUUGAGCGCAUCACUGCCCGACUUCCUUGGUCCCGCCUGGCAUAACUGGGCCGGCCAGCUUCUUGGCCUCGACCCUGUGUACCGCUACACAGGCGAAUCACGCGUUGAGGCGUUCUGGCGGACGGCUCUGAUGAAUUCCGUCGGCCGCAGACUUCCCGCGCAGUGGCCCGGCAUCAGCUCGGCGGGCGACAUGUUCCGCGCGUACAUUCUGCAAUGCAUGACGAGGUACUACCCCGGCGCCGGAGCCGACAGUGCGACGCGCGAAAAAUACUUGUGCGAGCUCCGCGACGUGAACGAGUUGGCGGCGGCGGACUGUUCGGGGCAGAUGCCGUCGUUUAACGGGCUUGGAGGCCUAACGGCGCAGAUUGCAGGCGUGAGCGAGGAGGAUCUGAUGGAGCUACCGGACUCGGCGGUACUGGAGGCGCUGAGCGCAUGCGUUGACAAGGCGUCGGGGUUCCUGAUCGGGAUGGAUGGCAGCAUGGUGAACCGGCGGAUCGUCAUGUCAAGCGAAGGGCACAUUGCCAACGCGCCCAUGUGGACGGAAAUCGGCGACACGAUAGCCUUGAUGAGGCGAUCAUUCCGUGCCGAGGAUGUGCUGACGGUGGCCCACCCGGCCUCCACGGGGGCUGCGACCCGGAGCCUCCAUAAGUCCACCUGGCUGACUGACGACGAACCGGCCCCCGCGGGACGAGGCAAGGACGAGCGCCGGACUUGUCAACAUCAUCAAGACUCUGGUCGUAUCAUCAAAACAUUCGAGCAGAUCAUCAAGAGCAGCUUCCGGGUCAUGGAUCUUGCCAUGCCUCUGCAUCCCGUGGACGGGCAGGCUGGCCAGGACGACGGCUGGCCAGACUGCAUCCUCACCUCCCGGCCCAUCCCCGGUGCCUGGCGUCCCUCCGUCGCCGCCGACCCGAAUCUCUCCGCCAUCCUCUCCGCCUCCAGCUACCCCUUCCCCACCCCGGGCCGCCGGCAACGCCCGAACGCGUCCAUGCCGGGUUCCCGUGCAGCCCUGUACGGCGGGCUGCAUAUGGAGGCCGCGGUCCCCUGGGAGGAGCCGGCGGCGGCGGCAGCGGGCUACGACGCCGCGACCAGCGAGUCCGACUCGGCGGAGCGUAGCACCCCGGAUGCUGUGGUGGAAGCCCCCAAGGCAAAGCGGAGACGCAAGAGCCGCGCGCAGGGCAGCGCAGAGGUCAUGGACAAGAGCAGCACAUCGGAGAAGAAGGUUGGCCGGCCGAGAAAGGCCGUGGACACAUCUGAUUGUGAUGACCCCGAAGAGAGACGACGACGACAAAUUCGUCUCGCCCAGCGGGCCUACCGGUUGCGCAAGGAGUCGCGCAUCUCGUUCCUCGAGGCGCGCGUAUCACAGCUCGAGACCUCCGUGGAUAAGAUGAGCGCGGCUGUCGUCUCAUUCGGCAGCAAGCUGGUGGAGUCCAAGGUCCUCAUUCCGCAUGCCGAGCUGAGGGAAAGCUUGAGCGAGACGGUCCAGACUUGCCUCGAAUCGGUGCGCGAAUCUAGCAGCCGGGGAGAGGACGAGCAGGACAUGCAGCAAUUGUCUUUGCAGACACAGGCUGCCACCACCACGCCGAGUAUGCCCUUGGAACUAUAUACUGCGCCCCUACCGCCAGUCGACCUGUCGCUCCUAGGCCCUGGCAAUGGCAGUCCGGCAGGCAGCGGAGGAGUGCUGCACCUGAAACACGCCGAAUUCAUGGAGAAGUUGCACACAUCCAUCGUCUACUAUGGGUAUUCGUUACUGGCGGACCCGUCGACGCCGUUGGAGCUUCUCAGCCGGCACUUCCGACUGACCCUCGCCGUCAUGGACCGGACACGCGUACUGGCGUACUUUGCGGCAGCUCUUCAGGCCAAGCUGAGCAGGGGCAGGAUCACAGGGGACUGGGGCGACAUGCCGUUCUUCCAGUUGGGCGGCGCGGGCUCACACUAUUCGUGGCUCACGGAGAGAGACAAGCUGAUGCAGAACCAAAUUGCGAAUGGCAGCAGCAAGCAAGAAGAGGCCGAUGCCGCCUCGGCGGCGUUGGCGCUAUACUCGCGUCGGUCGAGGGGCUGGCCAAGGAUCGCCGUAUCGCCGGACACCCUCCCGUCAGACGUUCAGGACGAGCUUGAAGGCGAGUGGUUCGACAUGCAGGACCUGGAACUGUUCCUACGUGAGCGCAACACCAAGCUGUUCCGUGUCGAUGCCGCUGGUGCGCCGACCGGUUCUACCCCGAAGCCAGCACCACGAUCGAAGGGGUUCAUCAACGCCGAAUGGCUUCUGCGAACUCUGCUGCACCGGGCGACAUGCCUGGGCCGUUCAGCCGGCUUUCGCCGGCGCGACGUCGAAAUGGCGCUCAGCGGUGUCAUACAUUCAUGA